GUUUUUAUUUGCGAAUAUUUACAAGUUUUCAGCUGAUGAGCCACAUACUUUGCAGCUUCAGUGAGUCGCCUGCGCACACAGCCAAGAGCCCGCUGUCCUUUGCGGUGGGUGGAUUGUUUAGCGUCUGCGGCAUAAUUAAAACAUGGCGGAGUCGGAGGACGAAUUGAGGCUUAAGCGAAUAAAGGCACAAGAUGAGCGCAUGUCCAGAAUGUUUGAUGAAGUCAUGGGGCUUGGAGACUUUGCAGACUCCUCCAGAAGUUCACAUUUGGACGAAGAGCCUUUCUCUUCAUCGAAAAGUGGUCAAGAUGAGUCAAAAGUUGAGGAAAAAGACCAAGAACUUGGUGAACAGGACAGCUGCAGCAGAAGAGAAGAAAAGAUGGAUGUGGAUGAGGCGCAAGAUGAGCGCAUGUCCAGAGUGUUUGAUGAAGUUAUGGGGAUUGGAGAAUUUGCGGACUGCUCCAGAGGUUCACUUUUGGAAGAAGAGCCUUUCUCUUCAUCGAAAAGUGGUCAAGAUGAGUCAAAAGUUGAGGAAAAAGACCAACAACUUGACGAACAGGACAGCUGCAGCAGAAGAGAAGAAAAGAUGGAUGAGGGUGUGGAUGAGGUGUUUCCCAGCGUAGCAUCCUUUUCGUCCGAACCUUCUUUUACUGCAGGAGCUAAUGCCGAAAGUGGGGGAGCAGCUCUUGACAAUGCGAUGGAUGCACCUCCACCAACUGGUGUCGAGGACGAUGAUGAUGACUGGGACUUUACCUUUCCGCUCAAAAGCAAUCAGUCAAAAGGGGGCAAAUCCGAAACCCAAAGUGAAACCUUUCCAGGGGAUUCAAGAGAGGCAGAGGACAAUGGGAGCAGUAGUUCUGCAUCUACAUCUGCCUCUUCAGUGGCACGUGAAGAUGAGAACGGUCAAGAUGUUGCAGAACGAAGUUCAGAGACCGAUGACAGCCAGCAGGAACCGCCACAGGGUGUUCCCCCAGAAAACAUUAAUCCGCCUCUGUCUCCGAAUGUAAACAUCAAAGAAGAGCCCAUUGAUGAGGAGUAUGACGCUGCACUGUUGCCCCAGAACUCCAUCAAAGAUAUCAAAGAAGAAUUAGAACAGGAGGAGGAGCUCAGGAUCAGUUCAGUGUUUUCUGUAGGUGGAAGCAAUGCUUUUGCACAUCCAUCUGUGGCAGCACCGGUGGCAGCACCGGUGGCAGCACCGGUGGCAGCACCGGUGGCAGCACCAGUGGCAGCACCAGUGGCAGCACCAGUGGCAGCACCAGUGGCAGCAGUGACUCAACCUACCACAACCACAAUUUUUAUUCCUGGGAGAGGUACAGUGCCCCAGGUCAUGGCUCCUGGUCCUGUCAGGGCACCUGCCCCAGUUCUGAAUACUGUACCUGCUGCCCCAACAAUGCCCCCCCGUCUUCCUCCACCACCCACUGUAGCUGGUGGUGUGCGCUGUAGUGGGUGUUCGAAGAUUCUAAUGAAAGGCCAAACAGCAUUCCAAAGAAAAGGGUCAACACAGCUCUUCUGCUCCACAGUCUGUCUGACUGGACACUUACCUUUAGUCACCAAAAGCCGAACCUGUUUUCAGUGUUACAAGGAGAUUGCAAAUCCAAGGGAGAUGGUCACAAUUUCAGCGGAAAACAACACAUUAAUGAACUUUUGUGGGCAGUUUUGUCUGUCUGUGUACAGAAGUAAAAAGAAAAAGACUGAAACAGACAAGUUUCUCGAUAAGAAGCAAACCAAGUUACCUGAGAAACCUCUAUGCAGCGUGUGCAAACUACCUAACAAGAUUGAACAUGAGGUUAAUCAUCAAGGCUCUCUAUACAAAUUAUGUAGCGAUGCUUGCUUUGUGUCCUGGCGAAAGAUGAAGCAGUUAGCUCUGAACUGCUGUGAAGGCUGUGGACUCUACUGCAACAGUAACUCUGGUUCCUGUCAAACACUAAUGGUUGAUAAGUCUGAACUGAAUUUCUGUGGCCCAACUUGUAUCAGCACCUACAAACAAACUUGCAGAAAAACUGCUGAAUGUGCCUGCUGCCAUAAGGUGGCUGUAGUAUCCUCAACUGUUAUGGAAGUGGACCAAAAGGGAAAAGUUCAACUUUAUUGUUCAACAUUAUGUGUUGAAAAAAGUCGACCACCAAAACACAUACUUAGUGAUACUGCUUUUCCUUGCAGUCAUUGUAGGGUAUCGGCUGUUCCACAGUAUCAUCUUGCCAUGGUGGAUGGAACUAUACGAAACUUUUGCUCACUUGACUGUGUUACUACAUACAGGAAAUCUAAGCAUACAAACCUUCCAAAUGGAACCUCAGUCCCCAAAGAAUUGCCUAUAAAAGAUGGCCCAAAUCCUACAUCUUCAAGGGAAAGCAUUUCAACUUCUAAAGACACAUCAUCUCUCAAUAUGAACCACCCCCAUCAGCCACCUAUUGUACCUCCAGCUCCAGCUCUUCACAAGUCAGAAAUUCCCCCUGUCAUAGAACCAGAUCAAAAUCUAACUAAAUCAGACCUACAUAAAGUCCAACUGUCUUGCGAAAACUGUAAAAAUCUUUUCAGAUCCAAACCACAUCUGUUGAGUCACCAGGGUAGUAUUUCAAUAUUCUGCAGCAAUGCAUGCAGUUUUGAGUAUAAAACACAGAAGAAUAUUGUGGCGUUUUGCCGAUAUUGCAAGAACGAAAAAGUGCUCUAUGAAAAGAUAAGCCACAAUGAAGAAGACGUGUCUUUCUGCAGCGAAAAUUGCAAACAACUUUUCCAGCAAUCCUUUUUGGAUAAUCCAUGUAGCUACUGCUCUAGGUUCUCCAGCAAAAAUGUGCAGAGUCAUUACUGUGGCCAGAUGAAAGGAUUUUGCAAACCCUACUGCAUGUCCAAGUAUACUGUGCGUUACUACGGGAUGGCUCGCUGUGACAAUUGCAGGAAGCAGGGCUAUAUGACUGAAAACCUGCAGUGUAUGGGCUCAGUGAGGAACUUCUGCAACUUGCCCUGCCUUCUUCACUACUGCCACUUACAUUUUGAUAAAGGAACACACUCCUUAAGCAAUGGGACCAGCCCUGUGCCUCUUAGACUCAAUGGCGCUCCUGCUCUGUCUGAUGAAAAUAUCAAGAGCUUUGAUCAUGCCAGUACCCAGACUGUUGGCCCUCAUGUGCCUAUGUCUCGUCGACGGCCAAUGAAAAAUAAGACCAUUCUCUGUCGGCCAAUCACAAUGGACCAAGAGAUUUCAUGCCAACUGUUGUGCCCCUCGGAUUCUCCAGAUGUUCUGCCUCCACCCCCAGCAGAAGAAGAGAAAGUGAAGUAUGUGAUGGUCCCAGUCCCUGUACCUGUUUUCAUCCCUGUACCCAACAUGUACUCUCAGCACACCCCUAUCCCAAUGCCAGUGCCAGUGCCUGUUCCAGUGCCCAUGGUUGUCCCUCCUCUGAAAAAAGAAAUGACAGAUGCUGCGGUCCAGUUUGAGGGUGUGCCCACAAGAGACGAGGGAUUCUCUUCUGACACAGAUGAUAAUGGAAACUGUGAUAAACCAGAGCCACACUACAGUAGCACCAGUCCUGUUACUGACAAUAUGAGUGAGCAUGAAGAAACCACCACUACAAGCGACUCUGCUUUAAACAAUUCAGAAUUUGAAAAUCCCUCAUCACCUGUCAUGGACUUAGAGUUGGAUUUUCCAUUUGAAAGCCCUUUGCACAUUGAAGAGGAUAUUUUUCUUUCUGACUCUAAUCACCUGAGUAUGGAAGCCUAUGGAAGCCCGUUUCCGCCAUGA